GCUUAAUUUGACAUUUGACAUAAUUCUUAAUAUAUUGAGGUUAUAUUUUUUUUAAAUUGAUUUUUGGUAUUUAGUUUUAGACAAAAUGCUAAAUCCAAUUAGACAUAGCGUAAGAGCGUCAAUUAACAACAUAGUACGAUCUUUUCAAACCUCUGUGUCAUUGGCGACCGAGAAAUUUGAUCACAAAAGGAUUCCAGCAGACGAUGAAGGUGUCCAAGGAGAAAAAAUUAUAGACCUCGAUUCAGCUUUGAAAUCAAAACAAGGAUUAUUUCCUACAGCCGAAUCUGACAAUCUUUUAUUCGAUGGUGUACCUUAUAAAGAUCUAGCAAUAUGUAACAUCAGAGUAAGUCACAAUAAUACAAUCUUCACCAUGACCGACUCUCAAGGCCUAGUGAAAAUGAUUCGAUCCUGUGGUAUAGAAGGCUUCAAAAAUACUAAAAAGGGCACUAACAUUGCCGCUCAAACUACAGCUAUCAAUUUGGCUACAAAAGCUGUUGAUCGUGGAAUAAAAACAAUAAGAGUUAGAGUGAGAGGAUUAGGUCCUGGCCGAUUGUCAGCAGUAAAAGGAUUGCAAAUGGGUGGUUUACAAAUAGUCUCUGUAACUGACAACACGAGAGUAUCAUGGAACCCACCGAGACCAAGGAAAGCUAGAAGACUAUAAUUUAAUAAAAUAUAUAUUUAAUUAGUAUCUUAGUUUAUAAUAAACAUAUUUAAAAACGAA